AUGAAUGCACUUAAAGCAGGUCGUUUCUUUCAACGUGCUCGGCCUCUUUUUACCCAAUCCAUACAUACUCGACGUCGUUUUCUAUACAAAUCGCUUGCACCCGGUGGAUUCUUUGCAUACAACCCUGAUACAGUCUGCAUACAGCUUCGCCAAGUACACAAAACAGCCGUCAACAACAGGCCAACAAAGGACGAGUUAUUAGCAGAAGCACGUGGAUUCCUUGAGCGAUGCAAGAUUCGAAUCAAGUACCCUCUUAUGCGGCAAAUGCGACCGUGGACACUGAACGAUAUCACGGCCAUGUUUUCGUGGCUCUUUCUUGGACAAAGUCUUUGGCUGUUGGUGGGAACCACUAGUUUUUUCAGUUUGGUGCUUUGGUUGGGUGGCAACUCGCGUCAAUUUCAAGAAUGGAUCGCCUAUCGUAUAGGACAGUAUCUUACAUCAGCAACAGGCGCUACAGUGGUAUUUGAAUCAGCUAUCAUGCCUAAUUGGAAAGAUGGCAAGAUUCGGUUCAAUCACGUGCACAUUUAUCGGAUGCCUCGUUCCGAGCGUGAAAAGUUUCAACGACAUGCUGCCAUGAUACAACAAACCUCAGAUGAUCAAGCCGUAGUGGUCCAAAACAACAACAACGACAACGAUGCUGAUGAUCCUUUGGCGGGAAUCCAUCUCGAUGAUGAUGAAAAGGACAAUGAAGUCUUGCGCACUUAUAUGUGGUUCGAUUUGACCUUUGAACGUGUCGAGGUGUCUUUGAGUUUAUUACGAUGGAUGGAUGGCAAAGGAUUGGUGCAAAGUGCCGAUGUCAAAGGCGUGCGUGGUGUAGUGGAUAGACGUCAUGUACGAUGGACCGGAGAAUACGAUCCAGUAGCUGCACGACACAAAUACACGCCUGGUGAUUUUGAAUUGGCAAAGUUCACACUAGAAGAUCUUCUCAUUACGGUGUAUCAACCUAAUGGCUUUCGACCUUAUCCAAUCUCCAUAUUCCAAGCGCAAUUAGAUCAAUUCCGUAAACAAUGGCUCUUUUAUGACAUCCUUUGUGCAACUUCCAUCGUGGGUGCAUUUGACAAGUGUCUUUUCAGCGUACAUACACCACAACUUGAAAAGAGUAUCUUGGAGCAAUCAGGACACAUCGAUUCCAAAAAAGUCGGCUUUCGUAGUCAUGAUAUAUACCACUAUUAUCCCUUUGCUAAACCCGAUCCAAACGGUGUCGUCGUUGGUGGUGAAACAGCUCAAUUUGGUGUAUUGACGGAUCAGGGUAUGCGAAAACAAGGUUAUAAACGCAAAUCUCGUAUACGCAUUGAUGGUGUCAACAUUGAUCAUAUCAACCGUGGUUUGGAAGGACCUCCUGGAUGGAUCACGUCUGGUAUCGUUGAUACAUGCGCUGAUAUUUAUAUUCCUCAAGAGGCAUCUGAAGCGGAUUCAACGGAGCUUUUACGCAAGCUUGUCUAUGAGCUCACGGACAGCAUUGAAUUACCACAACCCGUCAUGCUUGGAGCUGGCAACAGUGACGAUCUUUUGGUUGUGGGUGGGGGCAAUUCCAACAAGGAAGAAGAUCAACAACACCUCAAAAAAGAAGAACCCAAAAAGUUUGUGAUGGAUAUCGAUUUUCGUUUCAAAGAUACCAAAGCCUCUGUUCCAUUAACGACACCUGAUUUGAGCUAUAUCAACAAUGCUAUGGUGCGUCCAGUGGUGGCAUACAUCAACCGCAACAAGACCAUUGUUCCUAUCAAAUGUCGUGUGGUGCUUGACCUUAGCAACUUCGAUGGCUCAUGGACCGGCUAUGACUCGACGCUUAUUGAUCAUGUCAGCGAGCAACUUGGCAAAGGAUUUGUGGAUUUGACCAUGGAUCAGCAAGCACACAACAAGAGAUUGAAAAGGAUUGGCUACUGGAGUUUGCGUGAAAUGUUGAGGAAUAUCGUGAGUAUCCACGAUAUGAUGAGGGUUUCAUCACGUGGCUUCUGGAGCUAUCUUGGAACAAGUCCUGCCAAUUGA